AUGAACGUGGAGGUUGUGUUGGCGCAUCCGAAGGUGGCGGGAGAGAGGUUCGAGGGCAACCGGCAAAAGCUUGCGACAAUCUUGGUUAAGGGACUCAACGAUGACGAGAGCAACUUCCCGAACGACUUCGACGACGUUCGGAAGUUCUUGGAGAACAGCACGCUAGAGUUCCUGCAGCGUGCAGCUAAACGACACAAGGGACUCAUCGACAAGCACUACCCGGGGCUGGUCAGACCCCUGGAGCCCACUAUUCCAAGAGAGCAAGUGGUACGAGACUCUCUGGCUUCGAGCAUACUGGGAGCUCGGACGGAGGUCCAGUGCUCGCAUGGAGAGUCGACAUUCUCACAGACGCGUUCGUGA